AUGAUGGUGACUGACACAAUAUCUAAAUGUGUUUUUGGACUUUUUCUUGUUUGUACAGUUGUCCAAGGUUUAAAAGGAGUAUCAACAUGCUAUGGCCCGACCUCACUACCCUGUACUUCACCAACACUGAUUUGUGGGGAUGGUGAAGUCAUUUCAGUAGCAACAGGAAUAUAUGGUCAGAAGGCAGCAUCUGAUAAUUGUCCUUCUGGUGGUAAUAUAUGUACCGCUAACGCCACCUGCUGUACAUUUCUAAAGACAAAAGAACUACGAGAAAAAAUGUCACCAGAAUUAAUCAAAUCUGUACAACAGAAUUGUACAUACCAACAAUCAUGUACCCUGAAUAUACCUUAUACCAGUUCCCAGGAUUACCACUUCACUUACUUCUCAUAUCAUUGUAUCGAAGCUGCGGCGGUUUUGAGUCUUAUGUGCAAAGAUACAGUUUCUGCAAAUAGCAAAUCCUAUAUGUUUUAUUUCGGAAAACAAAGAAGUGACAAGCUUGCCGUAAAUUGUUCCUGUGAGCUACAGUCUUCCUCAGAUGUGACUAUGUCUACACGUUAUGUCCAUCUAUCACCACAGACGUGUCCAAGCUUUCAGUCAACGCUUUCAAGAUUCAAUUUAUCAACUUGUAACGCAACUCAUGGCUUUGUUAGAGAAUACAAAUUCGUUGACCACUUUUUACCCCCAGUGGUUCUAUCAGUAGAAAAUCUGCUGGCGAGAGAUGAUGACAUAUUUUGGGUGGAGUUCUACAGUAGAGAAAGAAAGCCAAUUACAGUGUCGUGCUCAGGAUGUGGAAUUGAUAUUCAAGGAGCGUGUGGCAGAACGUCUCAUGUUUUACAAACCUGUUACGGGGGAGAAAUGUGUUCAGAACAUGAACUUAAGUGUAAGGAGGGGCAGAAUAUAGCUCUGACAUCAUCAGUUUAUUUUGGUGGGAGAAGUUAUAGAUCUCCCGUGUGUGAAUAUGCUACAUGUAACAGUGUAAGUAGAUGUUGUUCCUUUGAAGGUGGUGAUGCUCUAAGAACUUUUAAUGAAGAUGAACUUAAUACGCUGUACGACACAUGUUUGUUUAAGGAGUCGUGUACGAGCAUUCCACAAUAUAGAAAUCCAGGCAACUCAACAUAUAUUUCCUAUAAAUACGACUGUAUACCAGAAUCAAGUAUCAUUGAUAUGAUGGAAGAGGAAUCGGUUAGUGGAUUCACUGAAGUUUUUGUAAAAUACAGCGGAAAUAGAAGAUCAAAUGGGACAACCAUAAACUGUGGUUGUGAGGUCACUAGCCCCGCCUCUACAAUAACAUUGGCUGUUUACCAAAUUAGAAUGCAUCCUGACUCUUGUUGUCAGUUAAGUAUGACGUCACCGGAUACAAACCUUCCAGAAGGAUGUACCAAACAUGGGCUGAAACAGUUUCGUUCCAGAAAUGUGGUUGUAACGGUGCCAUUCAGAAUAUCGUUCUCUAAAAUGGUUGCUCGACCAGAAGAUAGUGUUGUUCUGCGGCUAAGUAGUGGGAAGGGUGUUGAAUUAAACUGUGGUGGAUGUCCAGAGUAUGCGGUUGAUCCCAGGGUUAUCUGUGAUUAUCCAGACCCAACAACAACACCAGAUCCAGAUAACGAUACGGCGGCAAUAGCAGCAGGUGUAAUGGGUAGUUUAGUUUUCAUAUUCCUGAUCGCCUGUAUUGUGUGGAUGUGUAAAAAGAAAAAGAAAAAAAAGAUAAAUGAUGACGGCUUCUAA